CUGAAAUAAAAACUGCUCUACAUGUCCAGGAGAAAGCAGUCGAACCCAAAACCUCUAAAACGUAAAACAGAAGAAGGUCUUGAAGAGAUUGCUGAUCUGCUGCAUCUGCCGACUGAGCUUUUCUCCGUGAGGGACCCAGAAGAUGAUAUCCACGAAUACACACUCUUCACGAAACGACCCAUGCGUCAAGGAACCUCUUUCGGACCUUACAAUGGGCACGUGACAGACGGGGACAAAGAUAGCAACCUCCAUGUGAUAAAGACAAAAGGGAAGGACGGUGAAAACGUUCACUUCACCCUCUUGGAUGAAAUAGGAGGAUGGUUGAAGCUUUUGAGGCCGGCCUCAUCAUGUGAUACUUGCAACGCAAGCUUGUUGCACAAUGACUCUGUAAUUUGGUGUACAGUAUCAGCGGACUUAGAGCCAGACACAGAAUUAGUGGUAAACCGAUGUUUCGCGGGUAGUACGAGUCCCCCGUCUCCCCUGCGAUCGGAAUCCCCCCUUCGCUCUCGUUCUAAACGCCUGUUGCGUCGGAGCUCACCGGAACGUGACGUAAAAGAGGAAGAGGUCUUUGUCAAGAGAGAAUCGGGCAUCUUCCAUCCCGACAGAGAUAUCCAUCCCGAUAGAGAUGUUCAUCCCACUGAUGAGAAGAAAUCACCUUCAUCGGAGGAUCAGGGCAGAAUAUUUAAUGGACGUCUAUCAUCAGAAGAUGCAGUGAAAUAUGAAGUUUCAAGUCCGAGCUCCCCACCCAGUUCCGCAACGUCUCCCUCUAGCUCUACAGCGAAAGGAAUCCCUGGUGAAACCGUUGCCAGUGAUGAAGCAGCCAUUCCGUACAUCAAUGGAUAUCACUAUCCUCCAGCAUUUCCCUAUGGUGGGGUUCUUAGCGCAAGUGAUGGCUCUUUCAAGUGCGAAGCUUGUGACGUUUUCUUCAACAACAGGAGAAACUUGGAGGUACAUCAGACCUAUUAUUGCCAAGGCAAGACAUCAUCGGGAGCCUUGACUAGCUCCGACACUGAAGUCGAAGACACUGUAAAUCAAAAAACAACAGCCAUUAUGGGAAGUCCUUCUGCUUCUGAAGAUGGUGAUACCCCCACACUCAAGGAACAUCUUUCUUCUAAGGCGUCUCACCCAGAACUAUUACCACCUGAUGAUUCUCAAACUCAUAGUAAAAGACGAAGAGCCACUUCACUUAAUGAUUUACCACCAACGAUUGCUAAGCAUUCAAGAGUGUUCAAAUGUCCGUACUGCAGUUACUCCUCGGACAAGAAAGCUAGUCUCACCAGGCACAUAAGGAUGCAUGGAUCAUCCGCUGGAGCUGAUGGUCACGAGAUACCUCUGCCAACACCCCCCAUGGCUCGUUAUUGCGCUAACUGUGAUAUACAGUUUGCAUCCUACAAAAACUAUCAGGUGCACAAAGAGUUUUAUUGUAACACCAGGCAUGUUCAUAAAUCCACCAAUUCAUCUUCUCCAAAUCAGACUCAGCAACAUUCCCAAGCACCACAGAAAGUACAAGUAGGGGCUGCGCUGCCAGUUUCUGCACAGACAUCUCAAUCCCCUGACGUAGCCCUUCAGCAGCAAACAGAAACUGCUGCUUCCAAUAAGAACUACAAUGUGGUUUUGAAUCACCAACCUCUGUACGCUGCGAUAUCAACUAGUCCACUGAUUCUGGUACCUUGCUCGUACGUGGCAGGCGGGGGUUUGAGUCCGGGACUUGUGCAAGCUGGCAACAUUGUUAUUCCACCAUCAUCACCAGAAGCUGCUAACGACUCUCCUAACGUGAUACCUACAUAUACUGUACUUCCAGGAGCAUCUGGUGAAUUGAGUUCUUCUUCACCACCAACAGCUUCUGGAGAAGAAUCCCUUCCAAAAGAAGAUAUCAAACCACCAAUAGCAAAAACUCCAACUACAAAGGUCCCAAAGCGAGAGCCUAGUAGAAGUCCAGAGGAAGCUGUAACGAAAGAAGAUGCUGAAAAGCCUUUGGAUUUGAGCUUUAGAAAACGGGAUUCUGACAGUCUCAGCGCAAGGAAGACAAAACUAGAUGGAGGUGCAGCCAUCAACUCAUUUACAUCAGCAUCAUCUUCAUCCUGCGAGGAUAGUGCAAUACCACAAACUCCGGCUCCGUUGUCUUUGAUGCCAGUUCUAACUUCUCCGUUGGACUUGAACAAUGUUAUCUCUCGUGGAUCAGGACUUGAUCCAUUGGCUCCUCCACCUGUUAUAGUGAAACAAGGGACAAGCAAAUGUCAGGAGUGCAACAUUGUGUUCUACAAGCAUGAAAACUACUUAGUUCAUAAAAAUCGUUAUUGUGCUGCCAGAGUGCAAAAACCUGAUGUCUCAUCUCCUGAAAAAGGAAGGGUGGACGAAGAAGAGCAUACCUCAUCCAGUGCCAAAGAUGAAAGUGGUCGAUCAAGUCAGAAGAGCCCAAUAGCAUCACCUCGAAUUUCAAACUCGAGGUCACCACCAAAUCCUGAGCACAGUAGCGAUUCCGGAGGAGCAAGUCCGAGUCAUAUUCCACAAUCGAUGCUUCAGUAUUACUGCAUGGCGUGCGGUAUUAAAUAUACUUCUGUUGAUAAUUUACGAGCACACCAACUCUAUUAUUGCCUUAAACGUGACACAAGUUCUAACCCAAUGACUCUGGUACCAUCUUUUCCACCAAGAGCUGCUUCUUCCCAAGAGUUUCGUUGCGGAAAGUGCAAGAACGCGUACCCUACUGAGGACUUGCUAAGACAACAUCCUUGCGUGGUACAACGGAAAUGUCCUUACUGUGACGUUUACUGCCCUACCUUAAGCGCAGCACAAAGACACUUGGUGUCACAUACGGGUAUCAAAUCUUUCCGUUGCUCACUUUGUGGGUACAAAGGACAUACUCUUCGAGGAAUGAGGACUCAUAUCAGGAUUCAUUUGGACAAAAAUAGUUCAACGCCGGAGGAAGCGUAUAUUGUAUGCAUGGAUGAAGGUGGCACUGAAAUCGGAUGCGCGGGUCGCAAAGCAUCCAGUUCCACCAGAUCGCUAAAUUCCGAUCGCAUAAAAUCAGUCAUAGCCACAGAACCACCCCUUCAUAGCGAGACAUCACUCAUGGUUAACCCACUUCCUACCGUUGCUCCAAUGGAUAUUGUAGCAAUUAAAACAGUUACAGAAGACCCUGUUGCUACAGGGGACACUACUCACUGGUGCCAAAUUUGUGGAUAUUCCUCGUCAUACAAAGGCAAUGUGGUUAGGCAUGUAAAAUUGGUUCAUAAAGACUUAGUGACAAAUCAAGCCAUGUCAAGUGUUGUAAAUAGUCGACCUAGUGUAGAAACUGUUUCAAAAGUGACAGAACCACAUCCGGUAGAACAUUCUUCCAGUCAGAGUGCGUCACAAGAUCAUAUUUCUCUUGCUGACCAUAGCAAUAGUAGUUCAUCUAGUAUGGAUGUUAAGCCAAUAGUCAAUGGAGUGCUCGGGAAGACAGAAAUCCAACGGUUGGACAUUAGUGAUAAAUCACCACCAUUAAUGAAAACGGAAAACAUAUCACCUCCACCUUCAUCAAUGAACUCUAAAGGCGUUAAGCGCCCUCUACCGGAAGACAGUCAAUGUUCAGGAACGUUUAGUUCUUCUUCAAAAGUGGGGCCAAAGUACUGCAAAUCGUGUGACAUAUCUUUUAAUUAUCUUUCAAACUUUCUGGCUCACAAAAAGUUCUAUUGCACUCCUAGACCAGGCGAAGUUCCUGGUCAAGAAUCUUCGUCAGUGCAAUCUGUGCAAUGA